UACAGGAGAUGACCAGAGACUGCGACAUAGUACAGGAGAUGACCAGAGACUGCGGACACAGUACAGGGAUGACCAGAGACUGCGGACACAGUACAGGGAGAUGACCAGAGACUGCGGACACAGUACAGGAGAUGACCAGAGACUGCGGACACAGUACAGGAGAUGACAGAGACUGCGGUCAAAGUACAGGAGAUGACCAGAGACUGCGGACACAUACAGAGAUGACCAGAGAGACUGCGGACACAGUACAGGGGAUGACCAGAGACUGCGGACACAGUACAGGGGAUGACCAGAGACUGUGGGACACAGUACAG